UUUUGAUAACUGCAUGAAGAUUCAACAAGCAAAAACAAGGCUUUAUUACCAAAAGAAAAAAACGAGGCAGUGGAUUUUAUAAAAUACACACCUUGGAUACAGGCACUCUUGCUGUUAAAUACGUAACACCUAGAGAUAUCGUCCAUAUUGCUCUCUCUCUCUCUCAUUGAAUUUCAGCCUUUAAUAAAAAUAAAUAAAUACUCAAUCUUCCUUCUUUGUUCUGCUUUUGUUCAGUCUCAAAACUGGACACAACAGGAAUGCAUCAUUUCAUUAAAUUCAUCCCUAUAUCUUCACCAUCAUCAUUUCCAAUUCCAUUCUAAUUGUUUAAACUUGCUCAGCCUCACCAUAAGCUCUAAGCUCUUCUUAUCGCCUUCUACAAGCAAUUUUCUCAUGGCUUCCUCAACGUCCAAACCAGCAAAACUUGGACAACUUCUCCAACAACAACAAGAACCGUUUGCCCUUGAAGUUUACUUAAUAGAAAGUGGGUAUGUGAAGAAGAGCUUCAAUUCAAAAACAGAGGAAAAAUUAGGCCGCUGCAAAAGCAAUGGCAAUUCAAGAAAGUUUCUGAGCAGGCCAACGAGUAGUGGCUUAAACAAGAGCAGAAAAGUUUCCAAAAUAUGGAGAGCUGUAUGUAACAAGCUUGUUUGCACGAACAAAAGCCAGAGCCUCAAGAAUUCUGAUGACAAAGAGACAGAGUUCGGUGUUCAUGAAUUGCCAAGGAACGGCGAAUUAGUUUCAGAAUCAGAUAGUUAUUCCUCUGCAAGCAGUACAACAGUUUAUAAUUCAUGCUCUGAGAGUGACAAAGAUGAAACACCAACUUCAUUUCAUAAGCAGCAGCAUGAUUCCUCUUUAACAGCAGAGACUCUCCGAGCUUUGAAACUUUACAGCAUGAAAGAGAAAAUGGCUGCUGCAGAUAGAAAGUUCCAACGGAGAUUUACAGACGACAAUAAGCAACAUAGUCCCGUUUCAGUACUAGAAGCAAUCUCAUCUCAUGAAAGUUCACCUCUUUACAACACAGCGCAACUCAGACCACAAGGGAGUGGAACACCUCGUUGUCUGAUUCUGCCGUCCAAAGUCACUGAAGAAUCAAUACUGUCAGCUUCACUGUGGGAAUUGCUUUUGCACUCUGCUUCAGAGAAGCCAAUAAUCGGCAAUGGAGUCUCAGAACUAAUUGAGCUUGUCAGGUCUAAUCCUUCACCUCAGCUGUUGAAAUCUAGAAGAAUGCUGCAGCAGACCAGGCAGCUUCUGUUCGAUUGUGUGAGAGAGUUAGUGGAAAGCCAUGCAACUAAGGAGGGACAGAAGCAUCGAUGCAGAGAAUUCUUGGGGCCAGAGGAACUAGGGAAACUACUUUCAGAGAAAAUGAAGGGAUGGUCUAGACAUGGUGGAGAUCAGAGAAACAUAACCCAUUUGUUGCAUUCGGAUGUGUCUGAUUCAACUCAAGAAUGGACUGGUUUUGAACCAGAAACGAGGGAGAUUGGUUUAGAAAUUGGAGACGCCAUUUUAGAUGAAAUCAUGAAUGAAAUUGUUGCUGAAGCUAAGUGAUUUGUCUCUACCAACAAAUUGUUGAGCAAACUCUCUCUCUCUCUCUCUCUCUCUCUCUCUCUAUAUAUAUAUAUAUAUAUCUAUUAACUUGCACAGAAUAUUAUUUUGUCUUGUAUUAUAUCCUACUAAGUUUUCUUCUAGCAAGGAAAACAACAUAAGAAUAAACAUUUUUUGCUUU